GGAGAGACAGAUAGAGAGAGGAAGGAACGAUAGAGAGGGAGGGAGAGAAGGGUAGAGAGAGAGAGAGAGAAGGAUAGAAAGAGAGAAAAUAAGAGAGAGAGAGAGUGAAGGGGAAAGGAGAGAGAAAGUGAAUGAAAGAGGGAAAGGAGACGGCCAGAGAGAGUUGGGAAGAGUGAGACAGUGGGGGUAGAGGGAGUGAGAGAAAGUGAAUGAGAGGGAAGGAAGACAGUGAAGGAGAGAGGGAAUGAUAGAAAGGGGGAGAGACGGAAGGAAGACCGUGUGAGAGAAGGGGGAGAGAGGGAGACAGUGUGGAGAGAGGGUGUGAGAAAGGGAGAAAGAGGGGGAGUGUGACUGAGUGUGGAAUCAAAAUACCUGGCUUCAGAGAGAGUGUGAGAGACACUAGUAACAUCUGGAAAAAAACGGGUCUGAAAAAAAGGGGCAGUAAAUAAAUAGAGACCCAGAGAGAUUGGAAGAGACUGGAUCUAGGUGAAGAGAGAGAUCAGAACUCAAGAGAGCAGGAAGAGUUAGCCAAAUCCCUAGUGGAGUUGAACACAAGAUUUUUUUUAAUUCAGUAAAUUUGAAAAUCCUGUCUCAUUCAAUCCUUCUGAUCAAAAUGAGAGUAAUUGCUCUGGUCAGCGGUGGAAAGGACAGCUGUUAUAAUAUGAUGCAGUGUGUGGCAGCUGGACAUGAAGUUGUGGCUUUAGCGAAUUUAAGACCUGCCAAUCAUAAAGACGAGCUUGACAGUUACAUGUAUCAGACUGUGGGACACGAAGCCAUAGAUCUCUAUUCAGAAGCUAUUGGCCUCCCAAUGUAUCGACGCACUAUUAAAGGGAGCUCUGUAGCAAUAGGAAGAGACUACACGGAAUGUGAAGGUGAUGAAGUUGAAGACCUCUACCAUCUUUUGAAGCAGAUCAAGGAAAAGGAAAGAGUGGAAGGAGUUUCAGUUGGUGCCAUUCUUUCCGACUACCAGCGGGUCAGAGUAGAAAAUGUGUGCAAGCGACUUAAUCUCCAGCCUUUGGCUUACCUCUGGCGUCGAAACCAGGAAGAUUUGCUGAGAGAAAUGAUAUUGUCUAAUGUUCAAGCCACGAUAAUCAAAGUCGCAGCUUUUGGUCUUGAUCCUGAGAAGCAUCUUGGGAAAACAUUGGAUCAGAUGGAACCAUAUCUCAAACAGAUUUCUCAGGAAUACGGAGUUCAUGUGUGUGGAGAAGGUGGAGAGUAUGAAACCUUUACUUUGGAUUGUCCUUUAUUCAGGAAGCGAAUUGUCGUGGAUUCCUCGGAUGUUGUCAUGCAUUCUGCAGAUGCUUUUGCUCCUGUGGGCUACCUUCGCUUGUUGAAGUUGCAUCUGGAGGAUAAAGCCCAUCAUCUACCUUCGAGCAGAGCCCUCGGUGUUCUACAGCCUUGUUCGUCCUGUGUUAUUCAGGAGGCUAGCACAGAAAAUGGGGAUUACAAAGAGAUAUCCAAACCACAGGUUACCUGGGAUCUGACCGCAAUUAAUUCCUCUGACACUGUGAAGUUAGAUCAUUGGUCUGUAAAAACGAAGAAAGGCUACCAGUGGAUCAGUGGGCCAUCUAUUCCCAUGGAAGGGAAAAGCAUUAAUGAUGCAACAAGACAGACAUUUUCAUUGUUACAAGUGGAAUUGGAAAUGAAAGAUUAUACGUUGUCAGAUAUUGUACUGCUUCACCUGUACAUAAAGGACAUAAGUGACUUUGGCAUCAUAAACUCAGUGUAUCAAUCCUACUUCAACCUAAACCCACCUGCAAGAGUUUGUGUGGAAGCCCCGUUACCCGAUGGAAUAUCACUUCAAGUUGAUUGCCUUGUACACAAAAGUCAGUCAACUCUCCAGGAUAUAACACAAGGCCAAAAGGAAGUUAUGCACGUUCAGAGUAUUUCACAUUGGGCACCUGCGAACAUUGGACCUUACAGCCAGUCAGUUAAGAUUGGCGAUGAGAUAUUUUGUGCAGGACAAAUAGGUUUGGUCCCAUGCACCAUGCAGCUUAUCGAAGGAGGUGUCAGGCCUGAAGCUGCUCUCUCUCUAAACCAUGUGCAGAAAAUUCUGCAAGCAACAAAAAGUGGAACAAAACUGAGCAAUAUCUUGCUGGCAAACUGUUACGUCACAGACAAGAAAUACAUCGCCGCUGUUCAAAAUUUUUGGCAAAAAGCAAUAAAAGAAGACUUAGAGGAGGAUGAAGGCUACGGAAUGAUGGAAGCUACCCCUGGAAUACUUGUAGUAGUUGCCAUCCCACAUCUGCCGAAAGGUGCAGCAGUGGAGUGGCACGCCAUCGCCACGACCCACGAGGCCCGGGAGAGAAAAUCCUUCAUCCUAAACAAGAAAUUGGACGUUUAUGAAAUCAAUUGUAAAGUGGUGACGUCAGGUUCGCCGUCUAGUGCUGCUAUCUCACUGUCGCUGAGUCUUCUGCUUUCGCCCGUGAAUUCAUUGAGUUUAAAGGCUGCACUGCAAGAACUAGCUGUGGUCUUCCAGCAAGCAAUGGAUAAGCUUCCUGAGGAUGUGAUUCCUGUCUGCUUCAAAAUGUUUUACUGUGAAGAUGCCAUAAAUCCCAGCUUAGUGCAAAGAGAUUUGGCAAGAUCUCUAGAAGACUUACUCGGCUCUAAAAAUCCGCUGCUUAUUUUGGUGCCUGCAGCAGACUUGCCCGACCUGGAAAUACUGCAUGUCGCUUGUUGGCUGACCAACUGAGGAAGACUGACAGGCUGGAGAAUGAUGGUUUAGUAGCUACUGUAGCUGUGGAAAAUAGAGAAAUAAAUACACAAAUUGCUGGAGUAACUCAACAGACCAGGCAACAUCUCAGGAGAACAUGGACGGAUGACGUUUUGGGUCGGGAUCCUUCUCCAGACGCAGGCUCACUUUCUGUGGUCGUUAAGCCAUGGCAGCAAUCAUCCCGCCCAGGGUCAGCCCUGAAGUGCGACCAUCUUAUAGCUACUGGAUAAAUUUACGGUGUCAUUGGAGAUUAAUACCUGAAACACUGAGCCCAGCGCCACAUAAAUAGAGACAUGUUGCAAAUAAUGACCUUUGUUCUUUCCUUCAAUUCAGUAUUUGUAUAAAAUAGCAAGGUACUUACCGAUUAAAGCUCCUUCUCCCUGGUGAGUCAUUUUGAUCU